CGGUGUUUGAAUUAGCCGUGAGAUUAUUGGCUGUUAGUUGUGACCAGGCUGAUAUAUAACCAUAUUAAUUACUUUGGUCUACAUUCUGCAUACCAUAAUUUGGAUAUGUGUUUACGUGGAUUGAAAUUUUUGUGAGGAAUAAUUAACAUAAUGAGGAAUAAUCUACUAUCUUUGCUGUGAAUAUUUGCCUUCGUGGAUUUAACUUAUUGAAAAAAGUGCAACUGGAUCGUGCAUACGUUGAGUUGAAAAAAAAGAUCGGAUCUACUCAGUUGUUUUUUUGCAUUAAUAUUGGAAUGCGACGGUCGUUUUAAUUUUUUGUUUCAACGUAUCGACAUCUGCAAAAAUGAGCCAACUUGGAACUGUUUAUGCAACGAAACGCAGAAGGCGUAACGGAAAAAGCCUCAAAGCUCCCACAAAGGAAGGAUUGACUAAAAGUAACCCAUCUAAGAGACAUCGAGAACGACUUAAUGCCGAGCUUGACCUGUUGGCGUCGUUACUACCGUUUGAACAGAACAUUUUGAGCAAGCUCGACCGCCUGAGUAUUUUACGAUUAUCUGUAAGCUACUUGAGAACGAAAAGUUACUUUCAAGUUGUCAUGCAUAAGACUAAAGGAGAAAAUGGAAUUAUCACAACGCAACAUCUCCAUGAUACAUACAGAUCAAGGGAUUCAGGAAACCUUGAACCAGGCAUGACUGAUGGAGAAAUGUUCCUACAGGCGUUAAAUGGUUUCAUCAUCAUUUUAACUUGUGAAGGAGAAGUUUUCUUUGCAACGCACACAAUUGAAAGCUAUCUUGGUUUUCAUCAGUCGGACAUAGUUCAUCAAUCUGUAUAUGAAUUAGUUCAUUCUGAGGACCGCGAGGAAUUACAAAGACAACUUCUUUGGAAUACGUUCUUGCCAGCAGAAUCAGCAAGUUUACAGCUAGCAGAUGCAUUAAUCCCUAAUAAAUCAACUUUAUUGGAGCGAAGUUUCACUGUACGAUUCAGAUGUUUAUUGGACAAUACCUCUGGAUUCUUGAGACUAGACAUUCGAGGAAGAGUGAAAGUUCUACAUGGUCAAAACCGGAAAACUGAAGAACCACCUUUAGGUCUCUUCGCAUUUUGUACUCCUUUUGGACCACCGAAUUUACUGGAAAUCCCUCAAAAGGAAAAUAUGUUCAAAUCAAAGCACAAACUCGAUUUUUCCCUGGUUUCUAUGGAUCAAAAAGGUAAAGUAAUUCUUGGUUAUCCAGACAACGAACUCGCAAAUAUGGGAGGCUAUGAUUUAGUACAUUUUGACGAUUUAGCGUACGUUGGCAGUGCGCAUCAAGAAUUGUUGAAAACAGGUGCAUCUGGAUUAAUAGCAUACCGGUAUCAAAAGAAAACGGGGGAAUGGCAGUGGCUUCAAACCAGUUCCAGAUUAGUUUACAAAAAUUCCAAACCAGAUUUCAUCAUAUGCACACAUAGACUUUUAAUGGAAGAGGAAGGGCGUGACCUUCUAGGAAAACGGACAAUGGACUUCAAAGUAAGCUAUUUAGAUACUGGACUCACUUCGACGUAUUUUAGUGAAGCAGAUCAGUUGAUUGCAACUCCCUGUGGUUCUCCAGCUUCAUCGCCUGUAUCUUCACAACAGCGCUAUAAUCGUCGAUAUAAGACUCAGCUUCGAGAUUUUUUGUCUACAUGUCGAUCAAAACGAAAGUCGUCUCAACUGUCAUCUGGUGUACAGGUUACUUCGCCAGUUCAAAUGGUAGAUUAUAUUAGCGAUCCGGCGGCUGCUGUUGCAGCCGCAUACUCUAAUCUAAGUCCAAUGUACACUACCACGCCUUAUGUAUCAACAGAAAACAUGUACAUGACACCUCCUGCUCAUUCAUCAAAUUUCUAUUCAGUAUCAGAUAAUUUGUUCCACCAGUAUAGAUUGCAGAGUGUGAAUAGCUAUUAUCCGGAAUAUGCAUCAACUCCAACCUCAUAUAUUACAACAAAUGGUUUAAUUCCAUACGAUGGUUACAGCAUAGCUAAAGAAGAACGAUGGCACAACGAUGGAAAAUGUUUAAGUAGAGACAGUAAUCAUUGUGUUGAUUUUGACGCAUCGAACUCGCAUGAAAAUACUAAACAAUCUCCAGUGAUAGUAGAAAAGACAGGCUCAACGGGGACUCCUUCACCAAUCAGCAUGAUAAAUCCAGCUAUUGUGAAACAAGUUCCAAAUGAACAAAAUCCACCAAAUGCGACUGACGGGCAAAGUUCAAAUCAAAAUGGAGAAUCAAAUGACUUACCAACAACAGUUUUCAAAGAAGAAACGUCUCCACCACAACAUUUUGAACCUCGAAGACAAACUGUUUUAAUGUGGGGAACAUGGCAUAAAGAUUCUCGUGGGAGCCCUACUUCCUUAAGAAAUCCCGAACAAUGAAAAGUUCGAAAGUUCCAACAUUUAAUGCAAAACUACCAAAUAUCACACAAAUAUCAAAAUUGUCCUACAUCAUCAAUGAAUCGACAUAUAAUAAGGUGAGCACUUAGUAAUGUAUAUUUUACAUAGAAGACAUAUUCUGUACCUCGUUUAUGUAAUGAAAAAAUAAAAA